UCAUUACUAUAUUCAUCCAGGCCUCCUGGUAAACCUACACAUACAGAACGGUCAAAGAUGGCAACUACCCAACCAUGCAGUUCGGUCUGCAGCCAUUAUGGCUAAGAAAAAUUUGCGAAGAGGAAGGCUUAAAGAAUUUGAGCACUUCAUCACCUACCGAGGGCAUAAAGGUUCACCUAUCUUAGAACAAAGUGCCCAAAAG